AAGUUAAAGUUUAAAUAUUAUACGUGUACAGUUGUAUAUGUUGGAGCAUGUCACUAUCUGAAGCUGUCCUUACUAUAUCAUCAAUGAAUGAAAUGUUAUACACUGGGAACUGCUGAUGGAAAACUACAUGUUUUAAAGGUUGAUGAAAGUGGUUUUUCCAUUAAACCAUCGUUGGUUGAUAGUUUAGAACUAAGCAAACGACCAACCACGUGUAUAUGUUGCUUGCCUGAACAAGAGGUGGUAUGGGUGGCAUCUGGACCUGCUAUUUAUAUCAUCAAUGCAGGCACAAAUGAGACUGAUGGUUUCUUUCUCAUAUCUUCAAAGUUGGAGCAUGUAUCACUAAUGAAAUUAACCAAUGAUAACAAGCAUGUUUGGAUUGCCACUCGUGGUUCCCAUGUUCUACAACUACGAAGCACAAUUUCCUUCAGCAGCCCUGCUGUGCUGGUGUAUGAUGUGUCUAAAGAUUGUAAAUUAGCUUCUACAUAUCCUAUGAUGCCAGACGAGGGGGAUCUUGGUGCACCGCGUCCAUGUAGAGUAACAUCCAUGCUAUUACUUAAUGAAGACAUGGUAUGGGUGGGAACAGCUAACGGUAAAAUCAAAAUAUAUCAACUACAAAAACAGGAGGUAUUAUCACCAGUUGAUCAUGAAUCAUAUGAUCCAUUAUCAUGUGAUACACCACCAUCACAUGAAAUUGAAAUCACGUUUAAUCUACAAAACACAAUUAAUGCAGCUACAAAACCAAUACGAUGUUUAAUUGAAAGCAGGAAAGAAGAAGAUUCUGUGGUUUUAUCUUGCUCGGGUAGCUAUGGUGAUCCGGACACCAUACUUCGGUGGACUAUGGAUGCUCAGAAGAUGCAGGAUGAAAAUGAGGAGCAAAAUGAUGAGGACUCUGUCCCAUCUCGAAGCUUGAGUCUCCCAGUGUUAGUAGAAGCAGGGUCAAAGGUCAUCGAUGAGGGUGAAGGUUCAAACUCGUUGGGGUCAAGUUCGAGGUCAUGUGAAGCAGACGCGAAAUCUGAGACCGGGGUUGAAGACGCUACUAUUGUGUCGUCCGUGAAAACUGCUAUGAGAACUUAUCGUAACAAACCAAGGAUCAAAAGGUUUAUGAAUAUGUUGAGUACAAGUAACACCACAAACCAGUGAUGUUCCCUUGUAUAUGGAUGAAAGUAUUCACACACACACACAAAACCCUGUAGCUUACACAUCUCUGCUUUGCUUCUGCAUUUGUAUAUGACUCUUAUAAGAGGUACAUUGCCAUAUCAUGAAGAAUUCCUGUGCUUUUAGUGUUUUGCAUCGUGCUGAACUACAGACCUGCUUUCCGCCAUAUAUACCAAAUCAAGUGGUUUUUAAAAUUCAAUCAACGACGCAUCAGUUUCAAGUAUUUCCCAGUGUAUUAUAUUUUUGCAUGAAAUUCAACCUUGGCACGCUGUGAUUUAAUUACGGUGACAGCCACUAAAGUACUUGUUUUUAUUUUAAGCAAAUGUUUUUAAACAAUGAAAGGUACACCAUUAUCUCUGCAUGCUCGUAAUUAAUUGUAGCUCUUUUUUAUUUUAUGCCACUUGCUGUAUGGUGCAAUAAACCAAUCUUGAUUAA